UUAGAGUGAGUGGACGUGAUGGGGAAGACGGAGCUAGUGCUGGAAAACGCGAAUUAAACGUCUCAAGAAGUGUCAAAAACAACUUUUAAAGUUGCAUAUGUAGGGGUUACAGAUCGCGUCGGCAUGUGUUAGUAUCUUAAAGAGAAGCAGCAACUUUGGCAGUACGUCUUUCUUACUGCUAUAGGGAUUACAGCCAGUUUCGGAAGAUGUCAGCCCCCAGCAACUCGCUUCAGCAGCCGAGGGUGAGACGCAGCAAUGCGGGCUCCCCCGGCUCGUUCAACAACAGCAGCUGCCGCUUGCACCCCAUCCGUGCCACCGUGCCCUACCAGCUCCUGCGUGCGGGUCAGAGCAGCCCGACGCGGGCGCAGACCCUCUACGGAGGAGCCACGAACAGCCGAGGCUCGAGUCCCCCCUCCAGCCCGACACUCAGUUCAGGAAGUGCAAAUGCAAAACAAAGACUGUCCCCCGAAAAUAGGGACUCCUCCUGUCCCCCAGACUCUCCAGUUUCCAGAGCAGAAAGGUCCAAGUUACAGGUUCGGAGUUCCAGUGCCAUUCGGCGGACAUCUUCCUUGGACGCCAUCACAGGGCCAUACCUCACUGGCCAGUGGCCUCGGGACGCCCAUGGACCCUACCCUUCCUGUAUGAAAGACAAAGCCACACAGACUCCAGGCCUCUGGAUCGACGAAGGAGCAGAGCAGGGAAGUCCUCACCAGCGGUCGGCCUCCUGGGGCAGCGCAGACCACCUCAAAGAGCAGAUUGCUAAACUGAGACUGCAGCUGCAGCGCAGCAAACAGGUCAGCCGGCAGAGUAAAGACAGGGAGCAGAGCUCACUGCAGCUGCCGCAGCAGGCGCAGCACGGCGCUGCAUGCCAACCUCAGUACAAGGGAACUUCAUCGGCCCUGUCGACAAUCCCCGUGCCAAAAUCCCUCAUAUGCAGAGUGCCGAGCAGUGUGGAGGGCAUCAACCACGAGCUGGAGAACGUGUUCAUCAGAGAGGACUGGGAACACGGGAUACAGGCCAUGGAUGCGGUGGAUGGCCGUCGCCCCCCGUUUCCUCCGCAUCGCUACAGCAACAGCGGGGAAACACGUGACACAGACACACAGGCACCUUCAAGUGGUGACUCCAGCCCGUCGUCCCGCCCCUACAGCUCGGACCACCUCCACUCCCCUGACGGAAGCCCCUGCUCUGCAGAGGACAUAGACAAAGACAGUGUGUGCAGUUCUCCUCUCCCCAAGUUUGCCACUUCUCCCAAACCUAACAACAGCUACAUGUUUAAACGGGAACCUCCAGAGGGCUGUGAGAAGGUCAAAGUAUUUGAGGAGUUGGUGUCCGGCAAAUCAAAAGGCUUCCCUCUGUUCUCAUGCCCGGACAAAAACAAGGUGAACUUCAUUCCCAGGGGCUCUGCCUUCUGCCCCGUCAAACUCCUCUGCUCCUCCCUCUUCUCCCCUGUUUCUCCUUUGUCCUGCUCCUCAACCAACCCUGGUCUCCAUGGCAGUGAGAGCCCUGGGCCUCAGGUGACCCCGACUCAGCCCGCUGCACCAUUACCUACCUUUCCGGCCUCCACUGACUGGAGCACCGACAAAAGCACAGACGUAAACACAGACAACAGCACAGACAGCCAGAGCCCCGACGCCGAUGUGGGGAAAGAUGGCUCCGCACAAGUUCUCCUCACCAGCUAGUUCUCAGGUAUUCAUGACCAAACCACCCACAGCUAAAACAUUUCAACUAGUCAGGUGGUAUGGUUUAAAAAAAAAAAAAAAAAAGAAAAAAAAAAGACGAAAACAAAAAAAAUUAAAUACAUAUAAUGAAAAAAGCAACAAAAAAAAAAUCCUUGCACUCCGUUAAUCCUAACCUUAGCCAGCAGGGAGUGCCCAAGGUUUAGAAGUGACAAACACUUAGGAGGAAAAUGGUACCAGCAUCCUGCUGCACAAGCUUUUCUGCUCGGUUCCAGUGUUUGUUCCGCUGUCUGUAACAAAACAAACAAAAAAAAAAACAAACAAAAAAACUAGAUGGUUUGUCACUCAGAUUUUUAGAGUGUGCUGACCUUGGGCACAGGCUCUCUUUACCCACCACUAACCUAGCCUUCUCCCAUGUACCAUCACCCAUAACAAAAAUAGCUUUGCUUUCGUUUGCAAAAAAAAAAAAAUAGAGAUGACUGCUCAAAUUAUUGUGUUACGUAGCAC